CUCAUGCACGUUCACAAUCAACAGGUGCCUGCCAGUGUAACCAUUCCUUUAAUUCCCUUCCCCUCCAUCGGCCAACCAGGCUAUUCCAGAGGCUCUGUCACACACGUUCACACAGCCCAGCUGGAGCAAGAGAAAAUGAUGGCGUGAAGAAAAGGAAAAGAACUAACACUGUAUAGUCUAUAGAAUUUAAACAGUUUCUACAAGACUUUCUGUUCUCCCAGCUGGAAACUUUUGAAGACUCUUUUAACCAGCAGAACAAGGACAUACACCUGACUUUGGGCUGGCUCAUGGGUGUGUGGGGGUGUGUGUAUGUGCCAGGGAGUCUAAGAGAGUGUAUGUGACAUACUGGUGGAGUCUGGUAGAGAAUCUGGCCAGUAGAAUGGAGCUGAGAAUGAAGCUUCUGCUGUGGCUUCUGUGGUGCUUAAGCAUGCUUACUCUGACAGGUGGCUCUGAGGCUGAGCGGAGUCUGCUUCAAGAUCUGUUUGAGAACUAUAACGUGAAGGUGCGUCCUGCUCGGGUCUGGAACGAGACGGUGAUGGUCAGAGUUGGAAUGACGCUAGUGCAGCUCAUAAGUCUGGACCAGAAAAAUGGAGAGAUGACAACCAAUGUGUACAUGAACAUGGCAUGGACUGACUACAGGUUGUCUUGGAAUCCAGCAGACUACGAUAACAUCGACGUUAUCAGAAUCCCUCCUACCAAAGUAUGGCGUCCAGAUAUAUACCUAAUCAACAAUAACGAUGGGCAGUUUGAUGUCGCUCUGUAUGUGAAUGUGCUGGUUAACAGUGACGGCACUGUAUCCUGGUUGCCUCCGGCUAUAUAUCGCAGCUCCUGUUCUAUAGAGGUGGCAUACUUCCCAUUCGACUGGCAGAACUGCACAAUGGUGUUUCGUUCAUAUACAUAUGAUGCCUCAGAGGUGGAUCUACAGUAUGGGCUGGAUGAGGAUGGAAAUGAGCUUCAUGAGAUAGUCAUCGAUAAAAAUGCUUUUACUGAGAAUGGAGAGUGGCAGAUCUGUCACAAGCCCACCAGAAAAAACAUCCAGGAGGACCUAUAUGAGGACAUCACAUUCUACCUGAUCAUCGAGAGGAAACCACUCUUCUACAUCAUCAACAUCAUCGUGCCCUGCAUCCUCACUAGUGUGCUGGCUAUAUUCGUCUUCUAUCUGCCACCAGGGGCAGGAGAGAAGAUGACCCUGUCCAUCUCUGUCCUCAUUGCCCUCACUGUCUUCAUGCUCCUGCUGGCUGAUAAAGUCCCUGAGACCUCUCUGGCAAUCCCAAUUAUUGUGAACUAUGUGAUGUUCACCAUGAUUCUGGUGACAUUUUCAGUCAUCCUCAGUGUGGUGGUGUUAAAUCUGCACCACAGAACUCCCGGCACACACUACAUGCCCUCUUGGGUGCGCAAGGUGUUCAUUGAUUUCCUGCCUCCUUACCUGGGCAUGUUCAGGCCCCAGACAGAGGAGACUACAGAAGAGGAGGAGGCUGAAGAACAACAGCCCCACGGAGGCCAUAUUGACCAUACUCGGAGGCCUGGAGGAGAAUAUUUCAUUCGAAAGAUUAACCCUGAACUGGUCAUGCCAUGGAAAGGAAGUCGUCCUGAUAGCACAGUGCAGCUGCAGAGGUUUUUUGACAGUGACAGCUACUGUCUGAUCCUGCCCCCUGACCUCAAAUCCGCCAUCGCUGCUGUUACCUACAUGGCUGAACAACUGAAAAAACAAGAUGUAGAUGAUACUAUUACCGAUGACUGGCAGUACAUUGCCAUUGUGGUGGAUCGCCUCUUUUUCUGGCUCUUCGUCAUCAUUACCACUCUUGGCACUCUGGGAAUGUUUUUGGACGCCAGUUUUAACCACACACCUGAGAACCCUUUUCCCUGAGAAAAUCAAAUACCCACACACACACACACACACACACACAGUCGCCUUCUCCUUCAGUAAACAUUCAUUCUUUCUCUUUCACUUCAUCAAGUCAAACACUCUUUCUUUUCCAGAAUAUCCAUACAUGGAUGUUCCAAAGCUUUGGCCCAGGGACCGACCACUGUAUAGUUUAAAUCUUACACAUGUGCAAUUUUCACUUGUAGUUACUAUAUUAAUACUCUAGAGGGCAGUGGUGUGUAAAGUAAAUGAUACUGGGUGCAUGUGUCAAUACUGUACUGUACUAUAUUUCAUUUGACACUUUUGUCUGGAUUCCUAAUGAUACAGUAAUGAUGAUACUUUACUCUGUAGAAUCACUCUCUGUUUUUGUUCUUUUUAUUAUUCCUACACUGUAUGUUAAAAAAUGCCUUACACUUUUAAGAAGAAAAUGUCUGAAUAAUUGCUUAAGACCUAAACCUUGAUGAUAUAUGUUAAUAUAAAAUACAACAGAGCAGCUUAAUAUGAAGAGUCAUAAAUGUCAGUAGUUACAGGGAUAGGAUCCAGAUGCUGGAUUCACAUAUUUCUCUUUCAGGUGUGCAUAAGAUAAAUAGUUAUUCUCCAAACAUUUCUUAAAAAAUUAUAGAUCCUAAAUAUUUUCUUAACCUUGUGAUGGCUACGCGCCUGUCUUAGACCCUUAUGAAGUUAAACGAUUAAUUUUGUUAUUUAAAUUCUUAUUAUAAACUAUAAAUAAUGUCUAAUUUAACAAAUAUAAAGAGUAAAAGUAUAAAGGGUGAAAGACUGUUAGUUGUUUACACAAGGAAAAAUAAUCAUUUUCUGAUAAGUCACUGUGGUUCACAUAUUUUGUAUAAAUUUGUUUUCCACUGUUGGCCGUUUCCUUUUACUAUCACUCCCAGUUACUUUUACUAAAACGUUAAUAUUUUGAUUUGGUUUGAUUUUGUUAAUCCUCAGUUUUGUUUUGUCCACUGCACAGAUUUAUCUGAGUACUGGAACAUUUACAAUGUGUCCUGCAUCAUUUGUA